AUUGUAGCAGAGCGAGAGAGAGAGAGAGAGAGAGAGAGAGAGAGAGAGAGCAGCCCUCCUACAGCAGCCUGUUAGCCCACCACCAUGGAUGUCAAACUGCUGGCACUGAUGGCUCUGCUGGCCGUGGCCACAUAUGUACCAACCACCAAUGCAAAGCCCAUCAGUCUGGUUGAGCGGUGUUGGUGUCGUUCCACCCUCAACACGGUUCCUCAGCGCUCCAUCAAGGAGCUCAAGUUCCUCCACACACCCAACUGCCCCUUCCAAGUCAUUGCAAAGCUGAAGAACAACAGGGAAGUUUGCAUCAACCCAGAAACCAAGUGGCUGCAGCAGUACUUAAAGAACGCCUUUAACAAGGUGAAAAAAUCCAGGAGACGCAAUAUCAAGAAAAACUAAACACACGGGGCCAGUGUCAAACCUGUAUACCUCCCUGUCACUGCUAUGGAUGCUUGUAAACACGCUGUAUGUACCUGUCCACCUCUGUGGACCGCUUGCAGAACCAGCACUUCACCGCAAAACCGUGCCGUCCCCAUCACCACCACCGUUCCCCUCUGGACGCCCAGAAAGCCACAUGUAAUGCCCGUUAUCGUCCCUGUCUGAUGUCAGAUAUAUGUGUGUGUGAGUGCUGAGAGAGAGAGAGAGAGAGAGAGAGAGAGAGAGAGAGAGAGAGAGAGACAGACUGUGUGUGUGUGUGCGUGUGCGUGUGUGUGUGUGUGUGUGUUUGAAUGUGCUUCACAUGAACUAACCCUUGAUUGUGCUUCUGUACAUAGUAUUUUGUUACUUCACACAGCUAUGAAGGUGAGCUUUCUGUCUCACACGUAAGGUUUUGUGGGUAAUGCUACCUUCAUGGUCCUGUCUACACAAUCAAAAUUUGGUUUGACAAACUGAACAAGUGGAUCAUUCACAAGUGAGAAUGAUCAGGUGUAUUUACAGCAAUACAAUUACCUCAACUUUAAUGUUUUUCAAAAAGAGUGAAAUCUAUUUACUUUUUCAUCACAUUUUCAUUUACAGUACAAAUUCAUUUAGGAUGGGGACGUUACCGACUAAUGUAAAAGCUUCUACUGCUACAAUUUGAACGUGACAUUACUCCAAGACCGAGGGGUCAUGAGACAGACUUAGAGGCUCAGCAGUAAGGUUAACCCUCCACAAGCGGUGGCCAGUCAGGGCAGGCUAUGCUACCACAGGUCUUGCAUUGUCUUUAAGCUUGAUGCAGGAACAAAACAGAGAAGAAGCUCACGCAAACUGUUGGAGAAACACGCACUGAUCUAAUGGUGCUAUAUACUCUCUAUAAAGGUUCAAAGCCUUUGACAUAAUUGUAUUUCACUGUUUAUGCAAGAUUUAAGACGGGAUGUUGUGACGUCUCUGUAUUAUAUGAAACACAAUUAUGUUCUAACCAGUCACAAAAUACUUAAAGGGCUGUUGUUGGAGUUUGAAGUGGAAAGUUGAAAUGGAAAGCUGAUGCAAUGCUGAUGUGAAGGCCAUACGGUGCCGAUAAAGACGAGAAAGAAGUGGAAUAAAACACUUAUCAAUGCAGCUUUUUUUUUUUUUUUUUGUUGAACAUAUCAGUAAACAAAGACCAAAUAUUUAUUCGGUUAAACAUACAACAUGAAGAAACCUGUGAAAUUCAAAAUGCAUUUCAUUUAUUUUUAGAAGAAGUUAGAAGAACAUUAUAAUUGUGAACAGUUUUUUUUUUUACACCUUAUCAAAGGGACUGGGUAAAUGUAUGUCAUGACAACUGAGCAAUUUAAUGGCAAUAUAUUCAUACCAACACCUGUCCUUGGUAGGAAUAAAAAGCUAAUAAGCUUUCACAUAAAACAUUAAGCUGAAUGAUAAAUGUCACAAAGGGAAUGUUUGUGGAGGCAAAAAGAAAGUUUUUGAUCAUACUUUUUUUAUAUAUAUAUUUGAGCCACUUUAUUAUCAGAUGUGACUUUUAUAUGUAAUGGUUUUAUUUUUAUAUUGUGUAUAAUUUUACUAAAUCUUUUUUAAUGCAAUGUACAGUAGGCAGUAGCUACUAAAUGAAGGCUAUUCCAUAAAAUGCUAGAAACAGUAUUAAACUUAAUUUUUUAAGGUUUCCUGCAAUAUUUCAACGCUAUCUGUUGACAUUUUUUACAGUGUGGAUGCAAAAAUCAGCCAAACAAAAUAAACUUUGCCGUUCUGGUUUGAUGUUCUCACCACAUCGUUUCCAUAUCUGAGAAGUUAAAUGGGUGUGCUGAAUAAAAUCUGUGAAGUCCGACACACACAAACAAAAGACAAUGUCAUCGUGUGACAUGAGUCAGGAAAAUAUGCAGCUCAGCCCACCAGUCGUCCCCUGUCGAACACUUGAUUUGAUUUUUUUAUAGCAUUACUGGGGUUGAUGUAUGAUGUGUCAAUAGAGCCACCGGGCCAAGACAGAACAAAACCUCUGAGCUGAGAGCUGAGCAACCAACAUGUGCUUUCAAUCUGGACACUCCCAGAACCCCACAGGCUUUCAUUCAGUUUCACUCAACUGCUGCCAUGCCGCAAAAUUAGAGCCUGUUUUUUUUCCCCCUCUAAAAUCGUAGUGGUCCUGGUGGUUGUAGUAAUUGUUAUGGUCUUUGUUUUGUUUUACGUGGUCUAUUUGCUGACUGACUUGUAACAGGUGAUAAUCUUAUCAAUUUGCAGCUAAUACUACAAUAAACCUGUAAGGGUAAUUUAUUUCCCAUUAAUGGAAUAGAAGCUAAUGGACAUUAAUUUUAUAUUAUUACAUUAGAAAACAGUGUAGUUACUGUAAAGUUCAACCUUUCUUAAAUACGAUGUGCUAAUUAUCUCAAUAACAGGAAAAAUAUUACGUCAUUUAAAAGUGGUAAACUUAAUUAAUUAAUGGGAAAUGUUUACCACACUGUUAGCAGCAUUAGUUUCAUUAAUGAUUUAUGUAAAUGAGACACAUUUGUAACAAUAACUAAUUAGCUGUACUAAACAGACUUAAAGGGCAUUUCUAUAAUACCGUGGUCCCAUUUAUCCCCCGUAGUGUUAGUGCCACACUCAUUAAACAAUCACUGUGGGCAACAUUUACUGGUAGUAUGAUUAAAGUGCAUCAGCCAAAUAUACAGACAGUUUGUAUUAUCCUGCAUUAAUGCCACCAGAGCUUUUACGAUGUACAUUUCAGACUAAAAUGUGCAGAACAGUUUCAAAUGUCAAAAUACAUUCAGGUUCACAUCUACUUGACAUUAGUGUGUUAAUUAAAUCAUCAAAGUGGGUGUGUGUGUCCUUGCUUUGGACAAGACAAUGUGAAAUAAGUUCAUUUCUUUUGAGGCAGCUUCUGACACAUAUUCUUCAUAUACGUGAGAUGUAUUAGAGUAUUACCCUGUGUAUUUUCACUGUUUGUAAACCAAGAGGCAGUAUUUUAGCCAUGAUACUCAAGCCCUUUUUUCAAUAAAGUCAUACGAAAUA